GCCCGAGCGGCGGCGGCCCCGCGGAGCAGCGGAGCGGAGCGGGCCGGGCCCGCAGCCCCCGCAGCAUGGCCGAGCCGCCCGCGGCAGCGCCGGCCCCCGAGGGCGAGGAGGGCCCGGUGCGCUUCGCCCGCAAGGGCGCCCUGCGGCAGAAGAACGUGCACGAGGUGAAGAACCACAAGUUCACGGCGCGGUUCUUCAAGCAGCCCACCUUCUGCAGCCACUGCACCGACUUCAUCUGGGGCUUCGGCAAGCAGGGCUUCCAGUGUCAAGUUUGCUGCUUCGUGGUGCACAAGCGGUGCCAUGAAUUCGUCACCUUCUCCUGCCCCGGCGCGGACAAGGGCCCUGCCUCGGAUGAUCCCCGGAGCAAACACAAAUUUAAAAUCCACACGUACUCCAGCCCCACCUUCUGUGACCACUGCGGGUCCUUGCUGUACGGGCUCAUUCACCAGGGGAUGAAAUGUGACACCUGCAUGAUGAACGUGCACAAGCGCUGCGUGAUGAACGUGCCCAGCCUGUGCGGGACGGACCACACGGAGCGCCGCGGCCGCAUCUACAUCCGCGCCGACAUCGACAAGGACGUGCUCACCGUCGUAGUAAGAGAUGCUAAAAACCUAGUUCCUAUGGACCCUAACGGCUUGUCAGAUCCUUACGUGAAGCUUAAACUAAUCCCCGACCCCAAAAACGAAAGCAAACAGAAGACCAAAACUAUCAAGUGCUCCCUGAAUCCUGAGUGGAAUGAGACGUUUAAAUUCCAGCUGAAGGAGGCAGACAAGGACAGGCGGCUGUCUGUGGAGAUCUGGGACUGGGAUCUGACCAGCAGGAACGACUUCAUGGGCUCCCUGUCCUUCGGCAUCUCCGAGCUGCAGAAGUCAGGAGUGGAUGGAUGGUUCAAGCUGCUCAGCCAGGAGGAGGGCGAGUACUUCAACGUGCCCGUGCCUCCCGAGGGAGAAGAAGGAAACGAGGAGCUGAGGCAGAAAUUUGAGAGAGCCAAGAUCGGGACGGGCUCCAAGGCUGCGGAUGAGAAGACAAGAAAUGCCAUUUCCAAACUGGACAACAACGGCAGCCGGGACCGCAUGAAGCUCUCGGAUUUCAACUUCCUGAUGGUGCUGGGGAAAGGCAGCUUUGGCAAGGUGAUGCUGGCGGAGAGGAAGGGCACGGACGAGCUGUACGCUGUGAAGAUCCUGAAGAAGGACGUGGUUAUCCAGGACGACGACGUGGAGUGCACCAUGGUGGAGAAGCGCGUGCUGGCGCUCUCGGGGAAGCCUCCAUUCCUGACCCAGCUCCACUCCUGCUUCCAGACCAUGGAUCGCUUGUAUUUUGUGAUGGAAUACGUGAACGGCGGGGACUUGAUGUACCAGAUCCAGCAGGUCGGGAGGUUCAAGGAGCCCCACGCUGUAUUCUACGCAGCAGAAAUCGCCAUCGGGCUCUUCUUCCUGCAGAGCAAAGGCAUCAUUUAUCGAGACCUGAAGCUGGACAAUGUGAUGCUGGACAGCGAGGGACACAUAAAGAUCGCCGACUUUGGCAUGUGCAAGGAGAACAUCUGGGACGGGGUGACCACCAAGACCUUCUGUGGCACCCCGGACUACAUCGCGCCCGAGAUCAUUGCCUACCAGCCCUAUGGGAAGUCGGUGGAUUGGUGGGCGUUCGGAGUGCUGCUCUAUGAGAUGUUGGCUGGCCAGGCCCCCUUCGAGGGAGAAGAUGAGGACGAGCUCUUCCAGUCCAUCAUGGAGCACAACGUCGCCUACCCCAAGUCCAUGUCCAAGGAGGCAGUGGCCAUCUGCAAAGGGCUGAUGACCAAGCACCCCGCCAAGCGCCUGGGCUGCGGCCCCGAGGGGGAGCGGGACAUCAAGGAGCACGCCUUCUUCCGCUACAUCGACUGGGACAAGCUGGAGCGCAAGGAGAUCCAGCCCCCCUUCAAGCCAAAGGCUAAGGACAAACGCGACACUUCCAACUUCGACAAAGAGUUCACCCGGCAGCCGGUGGAGCUCACGCCCACGGACAAACUCUUCAUCAUGAACUUGGACCAGAACGAGUUUGCUGGAUUCUCCUACACUAACCCCGAGUUUGUCAUUAACGUGUAGUGGCGGCGCAGCCCUGGCCUCGCCGGCCCACGCCAGGCCCUGUACAUACGACUCUAGUCUUCCGGGGUUAGCAGUGCAGACACACGUCCCCUCCCGCCAAACUCGCCGGCCGCUUCUCCUCGGCGCCUCUCGUGUCCGUGCCACUCGCUAGCUUGGUUUCCCUAGCCGGAGGUGUCCGGGGUGCCGGUUACCGGUCAGUGAUACUUCUAGGAACUGUAGUUGGUGGUGACUAAUAGAGUUUUUAAACAGAAAUAUACCAAACUGCUACGGUCUCUGUAAUUUUCGCAGCGGGACGCUGAGAUCCCAGUGAGCCAGCUACUCCCAAAGCGUUGCUGUGGAAUGCUAAGCAUGGUUGAUCGCUUAAAGCGUUGUGCUGAAGCUUGCGAUGAGUGUGAGCUUGUCUUAGAGGAGCCUUUUGUUCAAGACAUGGAUAUAUUUGAUCAGUGUGGAAAAAUCUGCUUCUAGACCUCUAUUUCCCAGCGCAUUGUCCAUAGGGUCAGCCCGGCCCCCACCAGCCGCCUUCCCUGCCUCGAACCACUCCCGUGCCAGUUCUUGUAAAUCAGAGCAAACCUUUUUCUAAGUGUAAGCUGGGGGGUUUUUGUAACAUCUGGAACAGUUUGCAGUUUUGAUACGCUCUGUCAGCACUCGCAUAAAUCUUUCACAGACACUGUCGAGAUGUAACAGCUCUGUAAAGGAUAUUAAUAUUCUACCAAAACAAAACACAUUUAUAUUCUUGGUUUACAAUUUGCCAACUGAAAACAUGCCCAAGACCAAAGGGCUGCACUGAGGGCUAUUUGUAACGGAAACUUUUCUACUUUCCACCCUCUGCUAUUCUCUUCCAGGCUCCAAACCCAUGAAUUUCACAGACAUCUUGAUUUCCCUGAUUUCCACCAAAUUCCUGGGGGUUUUAGUCAGUAAUGAUUUUUAAAAAAUUCUGAGUGAGAAGAGACAAUUCCAGCAGCUGCUUGUGAGGCAGAGCCGUGGCGUGCGGGAGGGCAGGGGCAGGCAGGAGAGGCCAGCAGGGAGGAGGGGCAGGGGCAGGAGAGACAGGGCAGGAGCAGGCAGAGGAGGUAGGAACAGGGAGAAGAGGGCAGGAGCAGGCAGAGGAGGGCAGGAGCAGACAGGAACAGGCAGGAGCAGAGAGGAGCAGGCAGGAGCAGGGAGAAGAAGGCAGGAGCAGAGAGGAACAGGCAGGAGCAGAGAGGAGCAGGCAGGAGCAGAGAUGAACAAUCAGGAGUAGUCAAAGGAGGGCAGGAGCAGGCAGGAACAGGGAGAAGAGGGCAGGAGCAGGCAGGAACAGAGAGGAAAAAGCAGGAGCAGGCAGAGGAGAGCAGGAGCAGGCAGGAACAGGCGGAGGAGGCAGGAACAGGCAGAGGAGGCAGGAACAGGCAGAGGAGAGCAGGAGCAGGCAGAGGAGGGAGGAACAGGCAGAUGAGGCAGGAACAGGCAGAGGAGGCAGGAACAGGCAGAGGAGAGCAGGAGCAGGCAGAGGAGGGAGGAACAGGCAGAUGAGGCAGGAACAGACAGGAACAGGCAGAGGAGGCAGGAACAGGCAGAGGAGAGCAGGAGCAGGCAGGAACAGGCAGAGGAGAGCAGUUGCAGACAGGAACAGGCAGGAGCAGGGAGAAGAGGGCAGGAACAGGCAGGAACAGAGAGGAACAGGGAGGAGUAGAGAGAGGAGAGCAGGAACGGGCAGGAACAGAGAGGAACAGGCAGAGGAGAGCAGGAGCAGGCAGGAACAGGCAGAGGAGGCAGGAACAGGCAGAGGAGAGCAGGAGCAGACAGGAACAGGCAGAGGAGGCAGGAGCAGGCAGGCACUGCCCAGCUGGUGGGUGACUGUUGGGUUGGCAGAGGCUGAGCCCCAGGUGAGCGUCACCCAGUCCCUGUCAGCCCGCUCCCGUCACAGCCCAGAGUGGCUGGUUUGCAGAACCCCGGGUGUAUUUCCUGAGCCAGCACUGCUUCUGCUGGAUGCAGCCAUUCCUCCAGGCCCCAGGGAAAUGGGAGGGAUUUUAUCAAUCAUGAGGAAUUCUAUAGAGGAAACUCUAGUUUGUAGAUCUUUUAUAAACAUGAAACUCUACCUUUGGAAAUUAUUUUUUUUUCUUUUAUGAUUUCUUGAGAACUAGAGGCUGCCAGCAGUAAGGCACUGUCCCAGUGCUGGGGGCCAGCUGAGUGUCCCCUCCCUGUCACCCAGCCACGGGCACUGUCCUGUGCUUGCCAGGGUGAGAGCUGAGCCCGCGGCCUCAGGUCCUGCCCUGGGCUGGAGGAAUCCAAACCAAACCCAGAAAAACUGCAAAUUGUGCCAGAUCCAGGAGGGGCUUCACGAGGGGCUCUGCACCAGGCGGGGCCCAGGGGUCGGGGUGGUGGCUGGUGGGGGCUCCCUGAGCCCGGCACGUCCCGAGCCACCGUGCCAUCCUCUGGACGUCGGAGCAUGCGUGUCCCUGUCACCUCCCAGCCUGUUGCUGCAGAAUUAGUGUUCCUUCAGUGGUGAAUGUUUUUCAUUUCCGUACCUUUGGCUCUGGAGGCGCUCCCGUGUCUGUCCAGGAUGCUGCUGGAAGGUCUCGGGGCAGAGGGGCACCCCGGGGCUGUGGGCACGGUGCAGGAGCUGCUGCGGGGGAGUCACACCUUUUCUGUUUGGAGCUCUGUGUCUGUGCUGGGGUGACACUUGUGCAUGGAGCAGGCGCUGCUGGACGCCGAGCAAGCCGGGUGGCCUUGGAGGGGACCUGCAGGGGAGCUGGGAUGUGGCACCAGGCAGCUUUGGAGGCAGUUUGGGAGUGAGAUCCACGCUCCAGGGCGAGCUCGGCCAGUGCCAGGUGCUCUUCUCAGGACUCAUACCCUGAGUAUUCCUGAGGCUGUCCAUUCUGCUGCUUGCCAAACUCUUAUCCGGGACUUAUUCCAGAUGACCUGUUUCUUCUGUGGAGGGACGUCCAGGGAUGUGCCUGCCCUGCACAGACACUCAGAUCUGUGUGGACUCCUCCAAGGAAGGGCAAAGUGACAGGGGUUGAGUCACUGUUGAUGUCAUUUGAUGAUUUCACCUUCCCUGUUGGAUGGGAAAGCAGAGCUUUGGGAGGAUGCUCUGAGCCUCAGCAGAGUCCUGGAGCCCAGGCCCCAGGUGCUCCACAGCUGUGUGGAGAACGCCCAGGAAAUCCUUACCUGGGGGUGCAGGGGGGGCCUCAGCUCUGGUGUCCCCCCUGGCUUCAGUGGGACUGGCAGGGGGGACCCCUGUGGCAGAGGGGGACCCGGAGCCCUGGGGAGGGCAGAGGAGGGGCUGAGGAGGCAGGACAUGCACAGGAUGGCACAUCCUGACUUUGUGCCACUGGGGUUGCACCCCGGUGCUCCAGGUAAGUGGGUUCAGGCUCUCAGCUGGGCUCCCCUGGGACAGGGUGGGCAGAGAGCUGCGCUGGGCUGGGCUGGGCCCUUGGCCCUGGUCUGGCAGCUCCAAAAGCUGCCCUGCUCCCAGUGCCACUCCUGCUGUGCCGCUGUCCCCUGGCGGGGCUCUGAGCAGCCCUCCCGGCGUGAGGCCCAUCAGCAAAGGAGCUGCCAUCGGGUCCAUCCGUUUAAUAAAUGUAAUUAAUAAAUGAAUGGGAGUCCGCGCAGUGGCCAGCCCCUGUAGGCAGAGGGAAGAUGAGUGCAGGGCAGUCGGUGUGCUCGGGUGGGUGAGUCCAGAGCUGCAGCCCAGGGAGGAGCCGGGGGAUGCGAGCUCAGGCCACGAGGAUCCCGCUGCUCCCAAAGGCCGGGGCGCACCGGGAGGGCGCAGCGUGACCGCCGCCUCCGGCUCCAUGCAUGGGAGUGUCACCUCAGCUCUUUAUUUCUGAUCACAUUCAAAGUGGCAAUUAAAACAAGGAGGGAAAAAAAAAAAAAAAGAAAAAAAAAAAAAAGAGAAAAUGUUUAUUGUUGAACAGUUUGUGUUUGUGAAUUUGAUUUCACCUGCAAGUAUUUGAUGACUUUUCUACAUCCUAGACUACCUGCUGUGUGUUGUCAAACGGUUCUCAUGAAGACCUCCUUUUAGAUGGGCAUAUACUCUUGAUUCAAUUUGCUGCAUGUAUGAAAAAAUAAAAUAUUUAAUUUUAAAGAAA